AUGAUGGCGGAGGCGCUACGCAAGUCGUCUGCGUCGAGCCCCUUCUCCUCGCGACUCCGGCGGUCCUCGUCGACGUCGCUGACCGGCUACGGCGCAGCUCUCCCGGGGAGCACCACCGCAAGCCCGCACCACGCCCGCGUCGGCAGCGGCGUCGUCGAUGUCAGCGGUACCUCCGACGGAGAUGAAUCUGGCAGCAGCCUAGAAGGAGAUGGGAGCGGAAUGGGCGCCCCGACACCAGUCUUUGAGAAGAGCGCGCUGCAGCCCUGGCACCCGCUCGGCGCGCCCACAGCGGGGUCGUCGCCGGUGCCCGACACACCCUCCCCCCGGCGGCGGGGAGUAGACGACCUCCUGGUGAGUGACGACGGCGACACCUUCAGCGACGUCGACGACGACGACGACGACGGUGAAGACGAGGAGGAAGAGGAUUUCCACCACGCUUGCCAGGGUUCUGUCCCUGCAACGGCAGAGGCGGUGGUACAGAGCAGCAGCGGGGGGGGCGUUACGGCGGAAGAGGCGGAGAAGAGGAGGAAACGGGCGGUGGCGCUCGAGGAGAUCAUCAGCGUGGGAGGCCACAGCCCGGUAAGACGCCUCGCCUCGAAGGGCACCGCUGGCACCAGUUUCGCGAGCCACUUCCAGGGGGGUUGGUCCGAUACCGGGCAAUCCGGCGGGCCCGAAGCUUCUUCUUCUGCUCCUGCCGGAGCCGGUGCCGUCAGAGCGAAGACCUUCGGCCUCAAGCGGGAGAUCCGCGGCACCAAGCUGGAGAACGUCCUGAAGGAGCUGAAGGAGGAGACGAACGGCGGCGAGGGGGGCUCCGGCAAGUCGCCGGUCCCCACCCCCUCCUCCUCCGCGCGUCCUGCGGAAAGCCCUCCGGCCGUGUCGCUGCGCCUCAGGGCCCCGCUCGUCCUGCACAAUCUGCUCUGCGCUCCGAUGCUGUACCGUGUCGUGAACCGACAGGGCUUGCUCUCAGCUGAAGGGGUGCUGCCCGUGGGCGCGUCGAUAGCGCUGCACCGGGUGGACCUCUGCCAGAAGCAGUACGCCUCGUUCCUGCUCGUGAACUACCCGUGGAGCGACUUCAUCAAGGUACACUCGCCGACGUCGGCGCACCCGCUGCGGGAGAAGGUCAGGACUGUGGAGGUCCGGGGGGUGAAGGUUUCUGUCCCCGGGGAAGAAUCGUUGUCGGCAGGGUCGUCCUCGUCGUCGUCUUCGUCGUCCAAGAAGGGUCGAGAGCUCCCCGGACUUCACCUGCAUGUGGCCCUGCAGGCACGUCUGCCGGGGCGAGAUCUGAGCGUGUUCUGCCGACUGUGGCUCGUAAACCGCACGGAGAUGGUGCUCCAGCACAGGGACUCUUCGCUUGCCGGGGGCAUAGACUCGACCUUCAUAGGCGACAGGAUGCCGCAGAUCACGCAGCCCGGUCGGCAAGAGACGACGGGCGCUGAGGGCGGCGGGGGCGGCGUAGGCGUAGUCGACUACCGGCUUCACCGCCCGGCGUCCGUUGGUGCAGGAGCGCUGACGCCCACCAAGGAGGGUGGCGGAGCCAGAGGAGGAGGCGUGACCCCUCCUCCGAGAUCGUUGGCCAGGGCAGCUACCGACUCGUUUGCCCUCAGAGGGGGGAACGCCGGCAGCGGCGGCGGCAAGAACACGGCCCCCUAUUCUCCGACGCCUUCCUACGCGUCGUUGGCCUCACCGACAAGGCCGUCCCAACUCGGGAAUGGCCCGCCCGUUGGCGGCGUAGGUUUCUCCGGCAGAGGCGCAGGCGGCGGAGGAGGAAAAGCGUCCCCGUUCAAGAUGAGAGGCCCGUCCCCCGGGGGCGUGGGUUUCCACGGCGGGAGAGGCGUCAGGAUCGCGCUCACGGUGGCCCUGCCGUGUUGCCACUUGGACGAGGUCGAUGUGGAGGUGCCCGCUUCUGAGACUGCGGAAGGGCUCCUGCUGGCUGUGGCCGCGGAGGCCCGCCUGGGCCCCAUCGACCCGGCGGAGUACUUCCUCUGCCCGCUGCAGGCCCCCAGCGAGGACGACGCUCUCGCCCUGUCGGAGAUCAUGACGUGGGAGAUGGACAAGCGGUCGCUGGUGGACGGCCAGCUGAGGGCGCUCAAGCAGAGCUUCGGGGUGUCGAGCGGGGUGUCGAAGGCCUCCGCGGGCUACGCGCGCUGGGACCGCCUCGGCUUCGUCUUCGACGACUACCGGCCCGUGCACCCGUCGACGCUCGUCUCCAACCUGGGCACACCGUGGCUGCGCAUGUGCCACCGGGCGGAGCUCGUGGCCGCCGCGCAGGCGUCCCAGUGGCUCGGCGCCGCGCUGCCGCCGGGCACUGGUCUGGACGCUCUGGCGGGGUCCCGACCUUCUGCCUCGUCACGGCCGGCAGGCGGGCAUCCUUCUGCUCGCGCCACCGCCGCCGCUGGUAAGGUCGGGGGCAAGACCCCGUCGGCCACGACCGGGUUCUUCGCGGCUAUCCAGUCCGUCAGUAGCAGCGGAGGUUCAACCGCUGUCGGUUCAGGGGCGGCAGCGCGUGCAGCGGCGACGGGGCCCAAGGGCUGCUCUGCUCGUCUUUCGGAGACGGUUAAGGGGGUCGCGACGCUGGCGGAGUGGGGGCCGGCAGUCAUGUUCGGCCCCGUCGAGUCCCUCGACAAGAUGAAGCUUUGCUCGCGCGUGCAGGACUCCGAGUGGUGCUCGUCCGUCGACGUGGCCGGCCUCAAGACCGCCGCGGGGGGUACGGCGUGCAUCUCGGUGGAGCAGGAGAAGCCCUCCUCCCACAGGGAAGCCUCCCCCCGCACCAGGUACGACAUCGGCAUUCAGGUUGGGCCCGGGGAGGGUGACUUCCGGCGGACGAUGGUGCUGGCCCUGCUGCCGAGGUACGUGCUGAUCAACGCCCUUCCCAGGACCCUGGAGUUCACGCAGGCGUCGUGCGGGGGGCGAUGGAGAGGAGUCUUGCCCCCGGGGGCAAGGCGGGCUUUCCACUGGCCGUUCGCGAAGGACCGGCGCGCCCUGAACGUCCGGUUCCUGUCCGAGUCUGACAACAACGACGAAUGGAUAUGGAGCGGGGAUCUCAAGCUCGACACGGUCGGUGAGGUUGCCGUGAAGCUUAGGGCAGCGACAGGCGGCGGCGGUAGCGGCGGGCCCGGUAAGGAGUACAUCACUAGAGUGAAGCUCGCGCUGGUCGGCGCUUCGGUGACCGCGGUGUUCGAGCGCCAGGAUCUGAGGUGGCCCCCGUACCGCGUGGACAACCUCACCUCGCUCGGCAUCCGCUACCGGCAAGCCUUGUCUUCGUCCGAUGCGAGUAGGGUGCCGGCAGCGGCAGAGGGGGGCGCCGGGUCGUCCGGAGGAAGGCGGAAGGGAGAGCUCCCGUGGGACGGCCUGGGGCCUCAGGCCGCGGCGCCGUUCACGUGGGACCAGCCGGUCGGGGAGAGCAGGGUGCUCACGGUCGGGUUUGCGCAGGCCGGGAAGUGGGAGGAGCGCGAGUACCGUCUAGACGAGCUCGAGAAGCACAAGCGCGUGUCGCUCACGCGGACGCUCCCGUCCCUGGAGAAUCCCCGCCUCCGGGGGGAGAUGCUGCAGCGGCAGACGGGCACCCUGACCGACGUCUGGAGGCGCCGCUGGGCGGUUCUCAAGGGCCCUGUGCUAUUCCUCUUCAAGGACAAGGGCUGCGUGCACCUGAGGGGCGCAAUCUAUCUCGGCGCCACUCGAAGCACUGGCGAUCAGGGCGGCGGCGGGGCGCGAGGCGGGGCCGCCGGCCCCCAGCGCGCCCAGAUCGGCCAGAAGGCCGGGGGGCGAGACAAGGGGGACAUCUUGGACAAGAUGGGGAACAUGAUGGACGACGCGGUGGGCUUGCUGGUCGGGCCGGAGUUCGUGUCGAGCGGCGGCGGAGAGGCCGGCGUCGUCGGAGGGAUGGGAAUGGCCGGCAUCAGCGCGACCGCCGUCGCCGUUGCCGCCGCCGCCGCCGCGGCCGCCACGAAAGUCACGGCCACGUUCCCCGGGUCGGAAGAGGCGUCGACCAGCGCGGCAGCAGCGGGCGGCGGCGACCAUGUGCGGAGCGGGGCGGCGGCGGCGGUGUCGGCCAUGCGCGCGGACGAGGCGCUAGCUCUCGGAAGCAUGAUGUGGAAGCACAUGAGCCGAAGCGAGAGCCCCCAGGCCACCUGGGGCCUGGACGGCGGUGUUCGCAGAGCCAGCCUCUCGCAGUCCCUCCACUGGGCAGAAGGAGGAGCUGCCGCUGGCGUGCCGGGGCGUGGGCUCCCGCGCGGACCAUCGGGGCUCGGCGCCGCAGGCGACCGGCCGAGCACAGGGGAUCCGCAGCAGCCAGGAGGAGGAGGCGUGUCGGAGGGCGGGGACGGAACACGCACUACCGCCGGUCGGCGAUUUUCGGGGACGACGUCGGCCUUCCACCAGGGGAUGACUCUUGCCGAGUGGAGCACGAUGUUGACGGAAAUGGGUGGGUCCGGUCACAGCAGUGAGACGGCGGUGGGGGUGUCCUACUCCGAGGCGGAAUGGAUGUGCCGGCAGCUGGUCGAGCUGGGACUGCUGGUCUCUCUGCCUUCGACGCGCCAGAGCCGUCAACACGCGGGGACAGCGGCAUCCGUUGCCGGGGUGCCGGGUACCCCGCGUCACGGCAGGACAUCUGGAGGUACCUCUCGAUACAGCGGUACCCAGGACGGGAAAAUGUUGUCGGCAGCGGCAGCGGUGUCGGUGGCAGCAGGGGAGGGGGUGCCCCCAGAGGACAGCCCUUUCCCGGCCCCAUCCUCGCCAAAGUCUGGCCUGCACCCAACGUCGGAAUUGGAGGAGGAAGGAGAGCGGGGCGUAGGCGUCGAUGCCGGGAGAAGCGGGCACGAGAGGGGCGGCUUGGGCAGGACGGGUUCCGGGUUACGCCGGUCGGGAUCGCAGCAGAUGCGAAACAUGUUGUCCACGGACCCGCCGCCUGGGGCGGCAGGGAAAAGGUACCUCUUGCGCGACCCCGGGAGGGACGUGGAUCUCGACCCAGAGGGCACCGGGAUAGUGCGGGUGUUGUCUGCGGCGGGGGCAAAGCACGACCUCCGCUGCGACUCUGCGCUGGCGGCUCUGCGCUGGAUAAAGGCCAUGAGGGACGCCGUGGAUGCCGACUGCGUGGAGGCUCUCAAGAAGUCCGGGCGAGCGACGCCAGCAGGAACAGGAACAGCGGUGGCGGCGCCGGCGGCAUCAGCCGAAGCAGCUGAGAGAGCCUCCUCUGCGGGGACGGGGGGCGGCGGAGACGCUUCUGCCCUUAGGUUGGAGGGCGGGGAGGCCAUCAUGUCUCGCCUGCGCGCAAAGGUUUACGUCAACGUUAGGGUCCGCGCCGACGGCCCCACGAAGGUGCUCGAGCUUGUGGAAGAGGCCGGGGAGGAAAUGGAGGACGAUGACGGGGCUGUGGCGGCGGCGUUGGGUAAGAAAGGGAGGGAGAACAGCGGGGGAGGACCGGAGUCGGAGGGCGCUGGAACGCUCGCGACCGCCGCCGGCGCCGCUGACGCAUCGAGGGUGACGAGCGUGUACAUGCUCCAGAUGGCGGGGAUCGGUGUGUCCCUGGUAGACGAUCGCCCCUUGGAGCUGUUGUACUUUUUGGCAUGCGGGAUCAAGGCGGACAUCACCGCCACCGCGAGACAUCGCAUGCUGUCCAUCACGGUGGACGGUCUCCAGGUGGACAACCAGCUGCCCUCCGCGCUGUUCCCGGCGCUGCUGCGUCCGCGGCCGCUUCCCCCGGCUAGGCGGCUGCCGAACGGCAGCAAGGCUCCCGUCGGCAUCAUCCAGCUCGACGGCCUGGCGCCAAGACCCGCCGACAGGCCGCCGGCGCUCCACUUCUUCGCCAAGCGCCGGGCGGCGGACUCGCCGAAUACCGCCGGUUCUGCUGGCAGCGGCGGUGCCGGCGGCAGCGCGAAGCGGGUCUCCUUGACGAUGACUAACCAGCGUGCAGGAGGGGGUGAAUCGUCCGCCGCCGGGGUUGACGGUAGUGGUGAGAGCGGUGGCGGUGGGGAAGAGACAAGCGCCGGUGAGGUCGGGAAUUGGUGGCGAGGGCAAGGGCAGCAGCAGCAGCGGGAGUUGGACAUGGUGGUGUACUACUACGACGUGGCCACCAUCUGGAUACGGCCGGUGGAUUUGAAGGUGGAGCAAUCAAUAUUCCUCGCCCUCAUGCGCCUUCGAGAGAAGAUGGGAGCAGAGGAACCCUUCACGGGAGGCCUCACCAACGGCAACGGCAACGAUGGCGGUGGCGGCGUCAAGACAAGACUGGUGAAGGACAGCAGGAGGAGCCGCGGCGGCAUCAACAUCGGCGACUACACCCGGACCCUGUGGAACUCUCUCGGCGCCGGCGACAACGCCGCCGCUGCUGCUGCUGCUGCUGCUGCUGCCACCGACCAGCACAGCGGUGGCGGUGCUGGACGAGGCGGGACGGGGGAAAGCGGCGAAGCGCGUUCGAGCAGCUGUGGCGGCGGUGAGGGUAGGCGGUACCUGGUGGAGAGCGCCAACAGUAAUCGGACCAGGCUGUUGGCGUUCGCCGAGACCCUUGCGGCCGGAGAGAGCGCGCUCUCCCCCGGGGUGUUCGAAGUCGGAGGAGGACAGCGUGCGGAGGUGAAGAUCUACUUCGCUCUCAUGCACCUCCACCCGUUAGACGUCCGCAUCACGUACCGCGGAACCCCCGGCUCGGACGUCCAGGACGCUGAGGAGCUCACUCUCUCCACCAUGGCCCAGCUGAACGAUGCGAGGCUGUGCCUGAACGCGUUACAGCUCGAGCACGCUUUCGGCGGGCGGGCGGUGUUCGCCGAGGUCAUGCUGAAGCACUACAAGUUCGCCUUCCUCUCGCAGGUGCACAAGGUGGUCGGGAGCUUCGACUUCCUGGGAGACCCUGUCGGGCUGCUGUCUAACCUGUCCACAGGCGUCAAGGACUUCUUCUACGAGCCUAUCGAGGGCCUCAAGCCGGACGGCAAGGGCUUCUUGUACGGCCUGGGAAAGGGGGGCACCUCCCUGGUCUCGAACACGAUGCAGGGUACCUUCAACACGUUCAACAAGGUCACGGGGUCCCUCGGGGACACGAUAUCCCAGCUCUCGCUCGACACGGGCUACCGGAAGAGGAGAGUGCGCGAGAGGCUCGUCGAGGGCGAGACGAUGGCAGACAGCAUGGCGCAAGGUGCGAAGGAGUUCGGCAGAGGCAUUUUCCAGGGCGUCACUGGUGUCGUGAUGGAGCCGUACCUCGGCGCGGAGAAGGGAGGGGUUCUCGGCUUCGGGAAGGGGAUGGUCAAGGGGGUUGUCGGAGUCGCGAUUAAGCCGGUGGUGGGAGUGUUCGACCUGGGCACGCGAACCUUCGAGGGCAUCCGAAACGCCUCGAGGAUGGACGAGAACUCGGACGACGACGGCACCAGCACCCACCGACAAGGCGGGGAGGACGGCAGGCGUAACGCCGACCUGCAGCGACGGCCCUCUUCUUCUUCCCCCCUCACUUCUGCCGGAAAACAGCAGAACCUGCAGCAGCAGCAGCAGCAGGGAUCCCCCAGGCCUCUUGGAGCAAUUUCGGAAGGUUCUCCUCGGAACUCUGGCGGCGGCGGCGGCGGAGGAGGAGGAGGCGUUAUCAGAGGCGGCAGGCCUGCGGCGGCGGGCGGGCUUCUUUCCCUUCGGGCAAGACCGCCGAGGAUGUUCGGGCCGCUCGGGGAGAUGGACUCCUUCACGUGGGAGACGGCGGUGGCGCAGGCGGUACUGCGGGCGGGGAUGAGGGACGAAGAGGACUUCCCCAGCGAGAGAAUCCGGUGGUUCCGAAGACUGACGCUCCGCGCUCGGCACUUACGUGGACUCGUCAUCCGGUCCUCGUCUUCCUCAACCACUACCACCGCUAAGAGCAAAGGCGGUGCGAAGGGAGAAAACGCAGAGUCUACCACAGCAGCGGCAGAGGGGGGUCGUGCUGGCGGCGGCGUUGCUGCAUCAAGCAAGUCAGGGGACGGUUCGACUUCGUCUCCGGAUGAAGCGUUCGUGACACGGUGGGUCAUCGUGACGGACAAGCGAAUGCUCCACGCGCAGGAGGAGCCCGGCUGGGGGGCGGACAAGGAGAAGAUUAAGACGCUUGACCUAGUCAGGUUCGGGGUUGCGUUUUCACCGUGGUCGCCAGCCCUCGGGGGGGUGCGGGUGCUGUGGGACGCUCCGCUGUCCAGCAUCCGGUCCUUGACCCUUGAGCCCGCCCAAGAGGGGGUCAGGGUGGAGCUGUCGGCUCCAGUGGAGUACUCUACAGACCACCAGGAGUUGCCCCUGUUUUCGUACAGCCAGCUUGGCGCUGUUAGCGCUAGACCCAACGCUGUGGUUUGCGACCCGGACACCAUGAGCGAACUGGCCAUUCUCGCUUGCCUGCAGGGUUCGAUGGGGCCGGAGUUCGCCCAGAUCCACCUGGUCAGGCCGCACAAGUACUCCAUCUGUAUUCAGGGCCACCUGAUUAGGAUGCACAGCUCGGGGCUCUUGACGACGCUCGAGCGACACUGGUACGCGGUCGCGAACGGCAUCCUGUACGAAUAUACUCCCAGAAAGGACGCACUGCCUGACGGGUCAAACACGCCUCCGCCGCCGGCGGGCUCGAAGAAGUCUGUGCAGGGCGGCGGCGCAACCGCGAGACGGCCCGGUUACCCGUACACGUUGACGACGGUGCUGCCGCUAUCGGGGGUCUCCAUCAAGACGGGGAAGAUAGAGGGUAACGAGCACAGCCUCAAGAUCUUCAGAGCGCCAAAGCCUGGUGGGCGGAGCCGCGACGCCGGCGUUCUGCCCGUGGUGACUGCGAGCGCCAGGCUUGCCUCUGUGCUGGAGGAAAAAACCGUCGAUGAGGUGGUGCUGCAGGCGGACAGCCACGCCUCGCUGCGAGAGUGGGUGAACUGGCUCACGUCUCAGAGCAGCUCACCCAGCGGAGGAGGCCUUGGUGGGCAGGAGGAGCUCCUAGAGAGGCACCGCUACAGGAGCGUUUUCGUUGGCUGCGAGAGCCUGGAGGCUGCCGAGGCGCGGGCCCUGUGUGACGGCCUGAGGGGGGCCGUGUUUACCCGGCUGGUAGAAGAACAGUUAAAAGUGUGAACAUGGAGGGUCUUUGUUCCUUGUUGCUGCCUGAGUUGUGACACACGCGUCCCUUUCGAGCCGAACCAUCAAAGUGACACAGCCAACACAAAGGGGGUAGCGUAUUUUGGUGUUGUGCAACCUACCGUGUGUAAUGAUCCUACGGUGCUGAGUGUUCACGAGAGCUUCGUGGGGUAAUUUCUGCUUAUUUUUUAACUCAAGCAAACCGACGCUCCAUAGAAGGGGGGAGGUGGGGUUGGCUCGGCGGAGACAUCAAUUAGCUUGUUUAUGAUGUGUUGUGUUCAGUUCAUCGAGCAAGUAUGCUGUGACUUGUAGAGAGGCAGCGUUUCAGAUAUAUGCAUGCUUAUUUGUUUGUCGCGAUUCGUGCGGAUAGGUAAGUAGCGGAGACGUGUCUCCGUACCAUACGUUUCAAGUACAACACAUACUGUUGGUAUAUUCAAACUUGUGUUGUGCAGGUACUAGGGGGGAUUUCUGGUUGUUUUUAUGCACGUCCGCGCCCUGACAAUCGACAUUUUUAGGAACAAAGGGGCUCGCGCCUUCAAGCCGUGGUUGUAAAUGCGGAAGGAGAAAUGAGAGAGGCACGGAGGCAGGCAGCUGUUCUGUCACGCGACAACACCGUGGGGUAUACGCGUGAUAUGAGACUGGAGUAUAUUGGCAUAAACUGUAACUGCGAACACACAAGCCAAAAGGGUGCAUGGAAAGGGCACACGUCGUUUGCUGCGACACGGGGGGUCAAGCUGCCACCAGUAGCACACAUUGAGGGCGAAGAGCUGCUGCUGCCAUUCGUGAGUGAUCGAGGG